AUGAGAGGAGGAGAGAUGAGUGGAGAGACGAGAGGAGGGAAAGAGAGAGGGGCAAAAAGAGAUCAAAGAAGGGGAAUGAGAGGGAAUGUGAGAGAAGAGAAAAGAGAAGAGAGGAAAGAGAAAGGAGGACAUGAGAAGAGAAGGGAGACGAGCGGAGGGGUGAGGGCGAGGGCGGGGGAGGUGCGGACCUUAGCGGAGCGCGCUUUCUUGGGCGCGUCGGGCGGCGUCUGCGGGCCGGAGGGCGCGGAGCUGCACGUGCCGCGGCGCGCGCGCUGCCCGCAGGCACAUCUUGAUGCAAGAGCGGGUCGAGCAGGCGAGUGGGCGAGCGCGGGCCGGCGCUACGUGGGCGCGGGCGCAGGCGACCGGGCUCGAGAGGCCGUCUCGGCGGAACUGCACGAGCCGGGGCGGGGCGCGCCGGCCGGGGCCGGGCGCGCGCGGCGCAACAGCGUGAGCGCGCACGGCGCGGACGUCACGACCUCAGUGGGCCGCGCGCCCGCCGCCCCCCGCUGCUGCCGCCGCUGCCCGCGGCGUCGCACUUAUUCUGACCGUUUUUAUAAACAAGACACCAGAAUUUUAUUUUUCAAAUGCCCGUGGCCGAGCAGCGGGCGCGUGUACCUGCAGCCUCUUGCGGAAGCGGUGGUUCUCGCAGGCGUACUUGAGCAGCGCGGUGGACGAGGAGUAGAGGGGCAGCGCGUGGCCCGACGGGUGGAGCAGGAGGGCGUCGGCGUCGCGCCCCCCCGCCGCGCUCCGCUGCCGCCCGCAUCCUCCUCCAGCUCGGCCCGCACGCCGGCCGCUCCUCGCCGCCGACGCGAACGCGCGGCAGGCGCGCCGGGCGCGGCACGCGCUCGCGCCACGGCCUGGACGGCACGGAAGGGCGGGGCGCGCACGGGGUGCAGGCGGCGCGCCGUCCGCCGCCGCGGCGCCCUGGCCCAAGCCCAGCGGGCCGAGGCCGAGGCCGAGGCCGAGGCCGAGGCGGCGGCGGAGGCGACGGCGGAGGCGAGCGGUCGGAUCGAGCGUCGCGACGCGUGUGAGCGGGGCGAGGGGGCGAGGUGCGGACGCUGCUUACCGCAUGGGCGUCGCCGGCGGUCGCCCCGCGACGGCGCCGCCGCCGAGUCGGCUGUGUUGGCGCCGCUGGCCGGCUGGACGGCCGGCGUCACGAGCCAGGCGAGGCGAAGGCGGGCGGCGACGGCGGUGGCGACGGCGGUGUCGGCGACGACGCCUCGCUCCACAUGUUCCGGGACCGCAAAUGAGGAUGACUGGCUGUACACGCAUAUGCGCUUCAGUGUAGCUAAGGAGGAGUAUUGGGAAAACUGCCCCCCCCCUCCCAUCAUUAUCAACAAGAGAUUCGGAAGCGAGUGGAAUUUCUGGACCAACAAACAUAUUGUCAAGAUCGGAAAAGAUGUGGUUGUGGAACUGAAGAAUGACCUGAGCAUUUGCGGGACGUUACACUCCGUCGACCAAUAUCUGAAUAUAAAGUUGACUGAUAUCAGUGUUACGGAUCCAGACAAGUACCCUCACAUGUUAUCAGUGAAGAACUGUUUUAUUCGAGGUUCUGUCGUGCGUUAUGUUCAACUGCCUGGCGAUGAAGUCGAUACCCAGCUACUGCAAGAUGCUGCGAGGAAAGAAGCUGCUGUCCAAACACAUACUGCAGACAUUUCAGAUAUUGAGAACGAUAUGACUACUAUUGGAAGUCAGACCCAACCAAUUUUUCAAUGGAUUUAUGUACACAUUAAGAGUUUUGUAGUAGAUGCAACUUCAAAGUUUGCUGUUACUAUUCUAGCUCUUGCUGAGAAAGCUAUCUGUUAUUGGGUUAGUACAGAAUGUACAAAGAGAAAACCACUAUUAUUUGACGUCUUGUAG